AUGAAACUCUUAAGCUGGAACUGUCGGGGGCUUGGGAACCCCCAUACAGUUCAAAGUCUUGGUCUUCUGAUCAAGGAAAAAGAUCCUGAUAUGGUUUUCUUAAUGGAAACUAGGUUAUAUGGUGAUCGGGCUAGGAACAUUGCUAGAAGAUUCAAAUUUGAGGGUUGUAUAGUCGUUGAUGCAGUGGGGAGAAGUGGUGGUUUCUUACUCUUUUGGAAGCAAGACAUUCAUUAUGAGUUGUUUAACUAUUCUAAACGACACAUCAAUGGAUUUGUUUAUAAUAAAAAAGCUGGCCCUAAGUGGAUGUUAUCUUGUUUCUAUGGUGAUCCAAUAGUUAGCCAAAGAAGUGAGUCCUGGCGAUUAUUAAAAUCUUUCAAGCCUGAUAACAUGGGUUGGUGCAUCAUUGGAGACUUCAAUGAAAUAUUAUCCAAUGAUGAGAAGAAGGGGGGAAGGAUAAGGGGAGAACACCAAAUGAAUUUAUUUCGGCAUGUGGUUGAGGAUGGCCAGCUCUUUGAUCUUGGAUGGAGGGGUGCAAAAUUUACUUGGAGUAAUCGGCAUGAGGAUUCUUCUUUUACAAAGGAGAGACUGGACAGGGCUCUAGCCAACAAAGAAUGGAAGAAAAUUUUUACAGUUUCUAGUGUGGAAACCAUGACAGCUUUGUGCUCAGACCACAGCCCUAUCUUUCUUGACUGUAAGUCUGGGUAUGGAUCAGGAUAUCGAAGGUCGUACAAUCAAUUUAAGUAUGAUGCAAGCUGGAGCAAAGAAGAAGUUUGUACGGACCUAAUCUCAAAUGAAUGGUUGAAAAGGGCUGAUUGCGGGAGUUGA